UCGCCACGCAGGAGACGCAAUCCUUAGCAACCGGCGCUCGGGUCGGCUCCGCCUGUCCGGGCUAUGGCUGGUGUUCCCGCCCGCAGGACCAUGGAGGGGGCCCUGCAGGAAAGGCCCCCGCCUCGGCUCCGCGAGUCCUCGCGCCGCCGUCCUGACCUUCCAGCCCGGGCCUCGCCCGUCCUCCUGCUCCUGCUGCUGCUGCCGCUCGCCUCCCCGGAGCUGCCCGGCGCAUCAGCUGUGAAACAAACCUCAGAAACUGUGGAAACUGAGUCAACAGCUAACCAUACUAGAGCUAAUGUUUCCACCACCAGUAUCCCAACCUCUGUGCCCAGUUCAGAAAAAAAUGAAGUGAUCACAUCUGUAGUCUCUCUGUCACCUACUACCAUGCCUCAAAUAGAAGUUGAUGCUACUGAAGAUACUAGAAUAGAAGAAGAGGAACUUCUUACACUAAACAGUUCUCCAUCUGUAACCAAGGAUCCUUUGGACAAUGGGGAUUAUGGAGAACAAGACUAUGACUGGACUCCAAAUUCUAGAGAUGAUACCGAUGAGCAAAUGCAAGAAAAUACAGGUUAUGCAGGAUUUGAACAGACUGUUAAUCUGAACAGUUUUCAUGAGACAAAAUCCUUUAAGUCUCCAUCAUCAAAUAUAGAAGAGGAAGACAGCCAUUUCUUUUUUCAUCUCAUUAUUUUUGCUCUUUUGAUUGCUAUUGUUUAUAUAACAUAUCAUAACAAAAGAAAGAUCUUCCUAAUGGUUCAGAGCAGAAAAUGGCGUGAUGGUCUUUGCUCCAAAACUGUGGAAUAUCAUCGGCUAGAUCAGAAUGUUAAUGAGGCUAUGCCUUCUCUGAAGAUUACUAAUGAUUAUAUUUUUUGAAAAUACUGUGAUUUCUGAGGUUACUUAUUUAGUCAUUUUCUUUGUCUGACUUUUUAUAUCAUAUUAUGCAGAUGUUUGCCAUAGACAAUUUGGUACAUAAAUGAGAGGUUCAUCUCUCUCAUUUUGUCAUGCUAGUUUGGAAAUAAGGGAUGUGUAUAAUUUUUAAUCUUUAUUAUUAUCUUUUUUUUUAGCUAAAUUCAGAAUCUGAUAUUGAAAGUGUGAAGCUAAAUAUUAUCUUGUGUACCCUGUUUUUUUUUUUUUUUUCAGGUUUAUUUAUGCUGUGUCUUCUGAAAAUGUCAGUGAAGCUAGUUUUUAAAUCCCUUGAAAUAUUUAUGUCAAUUUAAAAUAGUCUAGCAUCACUGCAGCAGUUUCUUUGAUAGCCAAAUAUUGAUCCUUUUUUUAAGCACAGAUUUCUUUGUGCUUUCAAACUAAUAUAAAUGGACAUAACAGAAAUAAAUGUUCUGCAUUUUAAAUAGAACUUUCUUUUGGAAAAAAUACUUUAGAUAUUUCUUAGACGACUUCAGCAGUACUCUUAGACAUUGGGAUUGCUCAUUUAGGCCAAAACUUCAAGUUGAUAAUACACCAAAUAUAUUGAAAUUUCUGGCAUGACAGACUUUAUAAUCACAAUUUCGUCACUUAAGAGUUAAGGAAAUUAAUUUAUCCUUUGCUUAUUGAAUUAAAUCUAGAAUUAGAAAUUUUCGAUCAAGUGUGAAAUAUGAGUUACCAUAUAAUUGGAACUUAUUGGCUUCUUCAGGGUUCCAAGGUGGUAGCUCAGUGGCAAAGAAAGGAUUGCUAUAAAACUAUACUUAUUAAGUAGUUAUUUUAUAAUAAGAUCUUGUGGGAGAUAUUUGGGAUAAAUCUUGUAUUAGGGUGCAUCUUCCCAUGUCUGUCAUAUUCAAAUUAUAUCUGAAUUAAGUCAAUAGAUUUUUUGUGGGUACACGGACUUUUUUUUAAUGUGUCAUCUUGUUACUUCACAGAUAAAAGAAAAUGACUGAUUUUAUUUUUGUACACCUCUUAGUGAUGAUCAAAAUUAUAGAGAAGUGAUUUGAACUGAAGGUGACUCAUAAGAAUCAUUGUUUGAUUUUUUUGUUUUUUUUUUUUGGAGAGAGGAUGCUCUCAGAUAUAUUUUAAAAUUAUUAACCAUGGAAAUAAUUAGUAGGUGGGCUCUCUUAUUUACUCAGAUGAAGCAGUUUAGCUUAAUUCCUUCAGUUGAAUACUUUAUUAAUACUGAGAAAGUGAAGCACAAAUGUCAUAUGUCAGAACUAUUUUCUUGGAGUAAUUUUUAUUAUAUUUGAAUUUGCAUCAUUUACUAUUUUGAAUUUUUUAAAAUAAAUAGUAAGAAUAUAAAUCUAUGAUGUCACAACUUGUGUUAUGUGUAGCAUUUCAGCAUAUACGUUGCUGUUAGGAAGCAAUAACUUAGUUGCACAUAACUUUAUAGAACACUUUACUUUAAAUAAACUUUGUAAAGUGUGCUAACAAGUAAGUUAAACUCAAAUACUAUUAGUCACAGUGUCUCAGAUAAUCUAGGGAAAAACAGCUCAGUGACUUGGCUGCAGACUGAAUUUAUUAAAGAGUAUUUUAUUCUGUGUAAUUAUAGCAGGUAUUCUGCCUGAUAAAUAAGUUUGUUGCUAUUGCUUCAGACUCUGACUUUGUGGGAUGUGGGGAAGUGUCUGUAAGUCAGUGUAAGAAUUUCUGCUUCUGAACUUCAUAGUUUCUUCAGCAUUAAGCAGGAGACCAUUCCUGCUUGACUUCUCACGUUCCUUUCUUUCAGCCCAGGAACACACAUGGUAAUUGAACCAAAUAACAAUGAAAGAGAAAGCUAAAAGUUCUAAGCAGAGUCUCCAAGUUUCACUAGAUGAAGAGUACUAGAUUGUCAUUAAGCAUCUCUAAAUGGGGGUGACAUAGGAAGAAAGGAAAAGCAAGCCGAUGUGAAAAGAAAUACUCUGCAACUGUCUAAUUUUUGUUGAAUUGAGGUAGUCAAUAUUGGUGCAUUUCUACAGACCAUUAUAUGGAGUAAAACAUGUUAUAUAUUGUGGCAUAUAAGCCCACCACACUGUCCCAUGUUAUCUAAAUUAAUGGCAGUUCUUAAUUUAGAAAUGAACUUUCAAAUCUUUCUUUACCAUAUAAGUCAUAAUUCCUCCCCUUUCCAGUUCUUCAUCUGUCCUCAUUUGCAGGCCCAGAUCAGGUGCCUGGUUGAGAAGGUUUACAAAGAAGAUCUAAGGAAAAAACAGCUAUCCCGUGGAAAGUGAAGCAGAUAUCAGAAAAAGUGCUGAAAAUCAUUGGGCAGUGGUGCUGAGAGGCAUGGUGUAUCAACAGUGCAAAUAAAAUACUAGUUUUGUUAUAACCUUGUA